CACUUCGCGAACUUUUCGCGAAGUCUUCCCAAAGACUCGACUCUUCCGACGUUUUUGGAGGCACUUUUUGGCCCAAGAUCUGAUAGAUGACCAAGCACAUGAUAUUGUUCUUGGGAAGUUGGGCUGCGCCACCAUGCCAAACAAGGAGGGAUCCGCCAGUACUGAGAAACCUCUUGACAGCACCAUUUCCUCUCCUCGCUAGCUAGCUAGCUGACCAUCGAAGAGAUCCCUACUCUUCUGCUGCUAUUAUUACACCAUUAUAUAUUAUACAAGAUGAUACGUGCAAGGCAAUGGGUAGCAACUGCUACCAGUGGUGAUAUGGACAGUGCCGCUGCUGUGUGUUCUCCGACGGCUUGUCCUUCGAAUUCUGUUACGAAUCGUCUGUCUGCGGCAGCUUCGAGUUCUCCAGCCAAACUGCUUCGAAUGUUCAUGGUGGCAUUUGCCAUUGGCAUGACGUUGGGAUCCUAUUCUCACUUGGAUCUGUCGAGGUAUCUGUAUGGUACCAAUGACAGUGCCACCAAUAACAGCACUGCCACGGCAGCCCUGGAAAUGUCGGUAGAACCACCCGUGAUAGAAGAGACUACGACGUUGCCGGAUGGUGUGGGGAUGGGUGCUUGUUUACUGAUCAAAGACGACAAUCACUGGGUCAUUGAAUGGUUGGCAUAUCACUGGUAUGUGGCACCCUUGCGACAUUUGAUAGUGGUCAUUGAUCCUUCCUCCCAGACAUCGCCACUCGAAAUUCUAGAUCGAUGGAAAGAUCUCAUGGAAAUUAUCAUUUGGGAAGAUAAGAAUUUCAUAAAACCCAUUCCCAAGAAAACCAGAGAUAUUUACCAAAACAAUACACAGCUCAUGAUGCAUAGACAUCGACAAGCCUCCUUUAUCAAUACGUGCAUGAGACAUUUCAAACGCACCAAACGAAUCCCAUGGGUAUUUCUGACGGAUACGGACGAAUUCUUAUCUCUCAAUUAUCAGCACUUGCUCACAAACGCUGCCAGUCCACGACAUCGACGCAUGGCCCGAUUCUUUACCAUGGAUCAACCAGGAUCCGUAUUACGAUUCCUCACACACGAUCAAAAGGUUUCGAAGAGACCCAAAAAAUGUCUCUACGUCAAACGAUACAUGGUGGGAAGCUGGGAAUCCAGUCAUGAACUCGUCGAACGAUAUCUACCCCACGGCAACAGUAGCAACAAUUUUACCCUCUCCAAGAGUGAUUUAAAUCCCUACAAGUUCCUCACACAACGAUUCCUAUUACAAGACACCGAAAAAAUGACACUGGGCAAAAACGUCGUCCACUUGACGGCCAUUCGAAAACAAUUCGUCAAUGAAUUGUCCGAUGUCCAUCGCGUCAGUCGCGAACAUUGUCCACUCCUCUCCAAAGGACAUGCGACACCGGAAAGUCAAUUUCUCAAAAUCAAUCAUUAUUUGGGCACACAAGAACAGUGGCUCUUUCGACAAGAUCCCCGUGCGUCGGUCAAUUUGCAUACCGGUCAAGUCCAUAAUCCGGGUGCGUCAAAAGUCCUGGCGGCCAAUGAUUUGAAACGGAAUUUGGACAUGUACCAAAAUCUCAAUAAAGCCGCGACGCAGUUUGUCUAUCAAGCGGAUACGCAACCAUGGAUUGCCGGUUUUAUAGAACGCGUGGGAUUGGAAAAAGCCAAGGAAUUGUUGGCCGGUGUCGGAGAAUUGAAGAGUAGUACCGGUACCACUACUAAUAGUAGUACCGGUACGAAUAGUAGUUCCGAGUAAAAGGAAGAAGAUCGAGGCAAACCAUACUAGUAGUAUAAUAAAAGAGGCAAUAGUAAUUGUAAGUGUAAUUUAGAAUCAAUCAUCCG